UCUAUUCGUAUUCAUACCUUCAACGAGAGCGGACUGUGCGCGCUGCUAUUCUGUUCCGUUGGCGCGUCGUCGCUGCUGUCGUCGUCGUCGUCGUGUGUUUUGUUCGUUGCGUUGUUUAUUAACUUUUUAUGUACUAUAUUUACUACGUUUGCCAUUCCACCUAUCUACUACUUGUACUGUGUACUAUACGUAUUGUGUAUGAUUUUUGUUCUUUGCAUUUUACGCGCCGCUUUUCGACACAUUUCGCCACGCUCGCGGUCCGCCGCUGUUCCAGCUAUAUUUGUUGCCACCUGUACAACACAGGGGGAGGUACGGCAACGACACUACCAGCACCAUCACCUCCCUUGAAGCGUUGUCAAUGCCGGCACACUAAGUGCCCUCUAUGUGUGUGUGUGUGUGUGAGUUGCAUUUUGGUGUAUUUUUUUAUGCUGACGUUUAAAUAUCAUAUCUAAUACGUGCAAAAGAGAAAGAAAAGUGUUUCCAUGAGAGUGGAAGAGAGAAUUCCGUUCUUAUCAGCAUAUAUCGUGUGUACCACGAGUGUUACCUUGAAGUGCAAAAAAGGUAGCAAAACAGCAGCGCAGCGCGCUACCUCAAACUACUGCUCCCUCUCUUAAGUGCGUGGCCAAAUAUUAAUUGAAAGCAUGUGAAAUUAACAGCAAAGCAAAAGCCAUAGCCGAACAACCGUUACAAUUCCAAUUAUAGUGCAAGUUACAAGAGAGGGAGGUAUAAAAACAAAAUAAUCAAGCGAAACAGCAGAGACACACAAAAAAUAACCCCCACAACAACAACAACCGAGGCAGCAGCAGAGCAGCAGCAUCAGGCAGAACGUUUAAGUGAGCAGCGACUGAGCUGAGCGAAAAUAGCAUGAAAAUGUCGAAAAACUGCUGAGCGCUCAGCAUGCAAGCGGCGAUGGACACGGCCGCCAUGGCCAUUGCCGUGGGCGUUGGUGGAUCCUCCAGCUCUGGCCCAGGGAGCAGCAGCAGCAGUGGGAGCAGCAGCAGCAGUGGCUAUGGCAGUGCCACGACCACGCCCACAACGCCAAUGGGCAGCGGUGGAGGAGGAGGAGGAGGAGGGGGACACUAUGAGGCCUCACCCACAUCCAUGCCAAUGGCAACGAUAGCCACAGUGGCGCCGUUCUACAGCGAGGCACUUACCUCGCUGGAUGCACAGCAGCGGCAGCAACAACAGCAGCAGCAGCAGCAGCAACACCUGCAACAGCAACAGCAGCAGCAGCAGCAGAAUCAAUCUCACUUUUAUCAUCAGAAUUAUGGCUAUGGGAAUAGUCUGCCCUUGAGCGCACCACUGGAUGCGGCAGCCUACAAUGCGUACAGUGGGGCAUACAAUGCGUACAGCAGUGGGGCAGCAGCCAGCAGCAGCGGCAGCGGCAGCAACAGCAGCUAUCAGGGUGGGGCACGCUACGAGAAGCUGGCACCCAGUUCGGGCUCAAAGUACAGCGCUGGAAAUGCAGCCAUCGGUGUAGCAACUGCAGGAGGAGCAGGAAUGAAGCCCCAAGCGGCAGCCACGCCCUUCUACGCUCAACCCUUGGGGCAGGCAGGAGGCAGUGCAAUUGGAGGCGGAGGACCCUACAUGAUGAACACAAAUAAUCCGUAUGAUCCGUACAAGUACAAGAUGCCCGCCCAAGCGGCAGCGCCACCACCGCAGACACUUCAAUCCAUGGUGCAAGCGUCCAACCAGCCGACGGCAGCCGUGGGACAGCCUCAAUACGGACACGGACUGGCCAUGAAUCCCAGCCAGAAGCAGCAGCAGCAACAGCAGCAGAUGCAAGUGCAACAGCAGCAGCAACAGUUCACGCAGCUGGAGGCCAAUUAUGCGGCCAUAAAACCGAGCAGUCGCUACCAGAGCAUGCCGCCGUCUCAGGUGCCCUAUGGGGCAGCUCCUCCUGGUGCAACCUCCGCCUCGGGUGGCAUGCCAGGCAAUGCCACAGGCACGCCCUACUACGACAAGUACGGAGUGAUGCCCAUGCCGCCCAUGUACACCUCGAAUGGCGGACUGCCGCCAAUGUACACGCCGCCGGAGCUGGUGGGGGAGUCGGCGUACCGAAAGUCGGGGAGCAGCUGCCACUGGAGCGUGGACUACAAUGCGGCCAAUUGUCGAACUCUGCCGCCGGUAGCUGCCGCACCCAGCAGCUCCUAUCAUCAUCCGCACCCAGGCGGAGUGCCAGGCGGAGGAGGAGCACCACCAGGAGCGCUCCCGCCCAGCAAUGAGAUGUACUACGGCGCCGGAAAGUUCGACAAGUAUGGGAAUCCUGUGACAAAUCCUUAUACCAACAAUCCGUAUGCCACGAGCAUGGGGCAGCCGCCGUAUGGCGCAGCCGCGGGACGUAACAUGUGGACGGAGACUCCCGCGCAGCCCAAUCCCCGCCAGAAUUGCUGCUCCCAGGCGGCAUAUCCUCAGCAGAGUUGCUACUAUCCAAGAGGAAAUGGACCAGCACCCCAGCAGCAGCAACAGCAGCCGCAGUAUCCGGUCAGUGGCACCACAAAGCUGAAGCAUCCGUUAACCUCUGACCUGUACGCGCCCUACGACCCCGCACCACCGCCCACGCAGCUGGGCUAUGGCUAUGGCACGAGCCAACAGGUGGGUGGAGCCACAGCCAGCAAUAUAAAUCCCAAUCAGCGAUAUGUGGCGCAACCACUGAACAUGGGAAUGGGCAUGGGCAUGGGGAUGAGCAUGGGAAUGGGCAUGGGCAUGGGCAUGGGAAUGGAUCCCAGCAUGAGCAGUGGAGGCAGCGGCAACUACUACAACGAUCUCAAUCUAAAUCUAAAUAGUCUGGAGAGCUAUGUGCCACAGGUGCCGCCACAGAUGCAGCCACAGCAGACGCAUCGCGGCCCCUACCAGGAGUACCGCAAGAGGUCUGCCCCUGCAUCGGCAGCAGGCAACUGCUACCUAGGACAGCAGGGCGCCAGUGCAGCGGGUCCACUCAAUGGAGCACUCAACAAUUUGGAGGCACAUGUGGACAGUUAUGUGGGCUACAAUCUGCAUGCCACAACCUCGAACUCUCACUACAGCAUGGAGCCCGCGAAGACUUCCCCGCAAACGUGCAACAUUCGGGAUUUUUUGGCCACAUGGAACGAUGAUGAGGAUGAGGCUGCAGCGGAACCACAGACCACAGCUGUGGCUUUGGUGGCGCCAACUGUGACACCCAAUUUCAUGUACGAAUCUCUGCCGCCGAGUGGCCCACAGGCCACAGCUGUUCCAGUGGAUCAUCAGGCAGCGGCGAGCAUCAAUCUCCCAGACAUCAUUAUAGACAUUGAAAAGGCUUCGAAUGGGACAGGCAUCGUGCCCGCCGGUGUGGAUUCCUUUGGCUGCUUUGAUGUCGAGAAGGAGCUGGACGAGCUGCGGCUAAAGACGUGUCCCGCGGAUGCACUGGAGGAGAUGUUUCGCGAGGAAGAGACAGCCGCGCCUGUUCUUGUUGCUCCUGCUGCUGUGGCGGAUCCUUUUCCAGUGGAAGCUCCUCCUGUGGCAACUCUAGAGCUAGCUCUCUCCACUGACCUGCUGCAGAGUGAAGCAGACAUCAUUCCGGUUGUGGAGGAGCCACCAACCACACUGGACUUUGACGCUAACAACAGCUCCAAUUCGAAUGAGUCAACCUUUGCCAAGGAAUACGAGACAUUCAUACACAAGAUCGAGGGCAGUGAGAGCGAAACGGAGGAGACGGAUGCCCAAGAUGACAGCGAGUAUCGCGAGCAUGCGAAGCGUUUCAAGUUCUACAAGAGAAAGCGCAAGAGCACGGAGCCACAGGAGCCACAGGAGCAGCAGCAACAAGGGGAAGAUCAGCAGAAACUGGAACAGCAGCUGCAGCAGGAACCACUUCUGCCAAGUCCCAAGCCCAUCACACUCUCCCCACAGAAGCUGCUCGCCAGGCGUCGACGCAAUCGCAUCAAGAUGCUCAAGAUACUGGAAUUCGAAAGUCCCAAACUCAAGUAUCGGCAUUACUUCAAGGCGCUGAAACUUCUGCGCAAGCGCUACGCCAGCAGCCGGACGCGUGAGCAACGCAGGACCCUCAUGCGACGACACUUGGCACUGUGUAAGGAGCGUCGCCUGCCGCCCAUUAAGCGAUUGAUCAGGAAGUACGCCGAGGGCUCAAAAAGGAACGAGAGAGCGCAGCGCUAUAAUCCCCCAAGCCUCAAGGGGCUGAGUGUUUCCGCUUUGAACACGAAAGCUUUUAGGAACAGCCUGAUGCAGUCCUCGGGCCGGGAGACGGUCAUCAAGAGCGGUUACGCGCUACAGAAGAAGACUGAAGAGGAGAUCGAGGAUGGCGAACUACAGACAGCGGAGGGAGAGGAGGAGAACACCAUGCAGUCCGUCGAGUUGUUGCCCAACUUCAAGGGAUUCGAUGACAUUGAGAACACAAAUCUAUCGCCGCAGGCAAAGCUGCGCGUGGAGCCUGAGGAGGCGCAGGAGAAGGUGCAGGCACAGUCCACAGUGGCGGAAGUAACCAAAGCCAAGGAGCGGGAGAUUCAGGCGUGGCUCAGGAACAACAGCAUGGAGGAGGAAGUGGAGGAAGAAGAGAAGCUCCAGACUCCAGAAGAGCCCAAAGCGAUGCCAAUUGUUGUUGCUGCAUCUCCAGCGCCAUCCUCUUCUUCCUCGUCAUCAACAUCGAGCUCGAGUUCCAGCUCUAGUUCCAGCUCUGAGGAUGACAAGGAUUCAACUAGCAGCAGCAGCCAGGAGGAGGACUCUUCCUCCAGCAGUAGCAGCAGCAGCAACUCCACCGUGGCCGAGGCCGCAGAGACCGCCGAGGAGAGCGACUUCAAUGAGAUGGCGGCACUGGAGAGGGAACUCUCCCAGUCGCAGAUUCUCGAACCAGCAGCAAAGCCAGCGGCAGCCAUAAUGGAGGCACAGCCCAUGCAGGAGGAGGAAGUACUCGCCGUGGCCACGCCCAUGGAGGAGAUAUCCAACAAUGAUAUUGCCAAGCUGAAGCAGAUACUGGAGAGCGAUGGCGAGGAGCAGCCGACACUGCGGAGUCAGUCUCAGUCCCCAAAUGAAACACCAACCCAAAGCCCUGCCCAAAGCCCUUCCUCAUCCCCAAACCCAUUCCCUUUCUCCUGCAUCGUACCAAAGCUAAGUGACCUUAGUAAAAUUGCCUUAAAUAGUUCCUUAAUAACUAGAGAAUUAGAGUUAAGACCAAGCGGGGAUCCAGAGGAAUCCCUGCAAGCCUUUGAGCCGGCUUCAGAGGAUAGACGCCAGGCAGCGGAACGAGAGAUGUCCCCUUUUAAAGCAACCGAAUCACAGUUCCCUGAGGAUCCCCCCGAAUCACAGAUCCCUGAGAAAGAACACCAAACCCAGAACCCUGUGGAAGAACCCAAAUCCCAGCAGCCUGCACAGGUGGAAGAGGAUUCCCUGCCCGCUUCUGAGCAGCCUCCAACACCACGUGAACUAAGCGUUGAGGAUGCCCUGGCGGAGAUGUAUCAGCAGAUAGGCGUCGCCUCCGAUCCUGAGGACUUUGAGGGCGACAAGGAUGCCGAGACAGAAGCGAAUGCGAAUGGGCAGGACAUGCUGCUGAUCAAUCUGGCAGAGAUAUUUGAUACCAGCAGCGAUCUGUAUGUGGUGCAGUGCGACAUGAAUGAGAACAUACUGGGAGUUGUGGCCAGCGAGCAGGAGGAGGAGAAUGCGGAGCAGCCGGAUCGCAGCCAGGAGGAGGCGCUGCAGCUCAUACAACUGCUGGCCGAGCCACAGCCCGAGUUGAUACACCACGAGGAGAUCAUUCCCGACAGGCAGACAGCAAUGCGGCAGCGUCGUCGCGAGUUCUUGAAGUAUUUACAUGUGAAGUACGCGCAGAUUCCCAUAGGGAGAUUCCACCAUGCUCAGCGUAUAGUCAGGAAGUACAAGCGAAGGAGAGGGGCAGGAGCAGCAGCAGGAAAGCAGCGGGAGUCCAGCUUCUACCAAAGAUAGAUAGAGAGGAUCACAACAGAUCACGCAGAGAUCAGAGAUCGUUUAGCCCCUGGAAGCCAUUGGGGCGUGACGAAAGAACCAUCAGGCGUGCCUAAAUGGAUACUAAAUACGAUCCAUAAAUACACACACACCACACACACACACAUAAUAUAGUUAUAGUUAUACAUAAUGUAUCUGUUGGAUAAACAUUUCUAGAAUCUCAAGACUUGGUUAUAUAUUUUGGAUUUGCUUUAGGAACGAUAGCAACGUUUGAUAGCAGAAUAAUAGCAGAAUAAUUGUAAUUAAUUUAGGUAUAAAAAUAGAUAUUAGCUUUAGAUAUUAUAUAUUUUGGAAAACUGUGCAAUAUUUUACACUGAAACAACUUUUCGUGUUUCAAAUGCAUAAUUAUAACAAACAAAAAAUAUUGUAACUAAAGUGCGCGAAUUCGAAUCUCGAUGUGAGUUUUUUGUAGGGAUGAGUAAGCAAAGUUAAUCGUUUGGGGGCUUAGAAUGGGUUCGGUUCUGGGUUCGCGUGCAAUUAACAAGAGCUACAGACAUAUAUGUACGAGUAUCUGUUGUAUGUUAUCGGACAAUGUAUCAGCAUUUUUAGUCACUGAGUGGCUGAGCAAUUUUAAAACGCUUUCCGACUAAAGGUCAGAUCCCCCGCAGAUUGAGGGACAUGACGAUAAAUGCCCGGCACUUGCGUGUUUUGCUACAUGGAACCCAGAAAACCUUGCCCCCUCCUAGCACCCAGUUUUGACUCUGUUAUUCUCUUAGCCACCAAAAAAAAUAUAUGCAGCCUAGACCAAAAAUUUUAGUAAAAUGUAAACCAUAAAUAUCUGUGGUUUGGGUAUCGUUUUGAACUGUUAGAUCUUAGACUUAAAGACUUGUUUUGUUUGUAGUGCAAUUGUUUGUUGGGUUCCUACUAUCAGGAUCGUGUUAAGCGUUCACCUAAAACACUCUUAAACACAAACACACACAGACACAUUUUUAUAAGCCAGCAGUUCCAGGUGGACGUGGUGUGGAAUUUGCAUAAACCAGAAGAAUAUUUAAAUGCAACUAAUCUGCAGGAAAAUUGGCAUUUGAAACGCUCAUUUAUGUAAGAUGCGGAAAGGUUGCGGAAAGCACACCUCAAGGGCAUAAACCGAACUGACCGAGAGGCGACGCUGCAUGACACGUUUACCAUGCGGAAAUGUCUGACAGUCUGCAGUCUUUUAUACGCAUAUUAAACAUCAAACUGCUGGCUCUAGUUUUAGGCAACUAAACACAUCUAUCAAUCAAUCUAUCUAUUUAUCAAUUGAAAAGUAAUCCACCUAGAUGUCUUUUAUCACUCACUUGUAACACAUUCCAAAGGACCAAAAAAUAUACACCUCUUAUACAAAAAUAUAAACCCAAAUGUAACUAAAUAAAUCUUACGUAUAAACUAGCCUCGAUUUUUAAGUGCAUUCUAGAAACUUUUAAUAUACAUUAUAAAAAUC